AUGACGGAAUUAACUACCCGUCUUCUGAAGGAGGUUUUCAGCCAUCUCGUUCUUCCACCUAAGCUACCGGGCAAGCCGUUUGAGAAUCCCGUUCUCCUCCUUCAUGAGCUGGGAAGGAGGCUGCAAAAGGCUUGUGUAACCCUCCAUCCACUGGUACCUGGCAAGAUUUGGAACACCUUGAUAUCUUCCUUGAACAUCAUCAUACGAUUGAAUCAAGAUUCUCUUUCUAGAGAAAGCUUGCUUGAGGCUUUUCAUCUCCUCGCUAAGGGCGACAACGAUAAUUGGCUGGCGCUUCAUGUUCUUGAGCAGAAUGCUGCCCUUCUUAUUCACAAAGACAUCGGCUCACAAACAGUCAUAUUCGAGGCGUUUGAAGCUUCCGCACCAGCUGCCAUCAUUCUGCAGUCGAGUAAUGCCCUCAAAUGGGACUUUCCAGGUCGCGCUGCUGAGAUUCGCCUUCGGGAUUUCAGCGACACCACUUUCCAGGAAAACUUGUCUGAUUUCCUUGAACAGUCUAGUUCUACGGCUUUUGAUCGCUUCGCCGCCCGCGCUAAAAAAGGAGAGAAAGCUGUUGUCGAAGUCCGAGACACCCCCAGUCCUGCUCUGAUCAGCGAGAUGCUCAUGUCUUUGCUUGAAGGCAUGGGAAAUUUGACUCAGGUUCGCCGAGUUCACAAAAGAGUCAGAGAUGAUGUUGUCUUAGAAGAUUCGGCACUUCCGUGGAGAAGAUCGCCAUAUUGGCUGGUGCUUCGAGUUGCCGUUCAACGAAUGCUCUCUUCGAUAUUCCAUGAUGACAUUGGCACGGAUCGCUGCCACUUCAAGUUUAUCAUAUGCAUGGUGCUAGCGCAGCUCCUGAAUGACUCUGUUGGAAUUUCCCAUCCCGAGCAGACACUCAUGCUUCAGGCUAAGCUAUGUCGGCGCUUGGCAAAGCUAGAAUCUGAGAAAUCACAGGCAUCUGCAUCGCUUCGAUCGGUAUAUGAAGGCUUUUUUGAGGCAACACAUGACUUCUUUAAAAAGACUGUAACAAGCGCGGGAGAUAAGGUGACGAAUGCCUGGGAGGAGUAUAAGAAGGGGGUUACUCGAAAGAUCCCCCGUCUUCCUACCCGGAUUCUCGACAACGACACCAUUCUCAGAUUGUCCAACAGUGGCAAGACUCUUAAUUGGUUGCUGUCGCAGAAGUUAAGGACUGUGCACCGAAUAACUCAAAUAGACCAACUCUCACUGGGAUCUGGAAGCAUAUCCCAAGUGAAUGAGCUUGCAACGUGCUGCUCGACGCUUAUUGACUACGAAGACUCAAUCAAAAGACUUAGUCAAGAAGCCUCGAGUGACCAGGAGAGUAAAUGUGAAAAACUGUCGGGCGCCAUUCUCAAUUACCUGGAACUGGCCCAGAACACGUACAAUGGGGAAUCACAGCUGAUGAGUCGAUAUCUUCUUAACCUGUUUGAGCUAUGGGCUGUAAUGGAUGAAGCUGCUACAGCGGCAUGCCCAAUCCUUCUCAAAUAUCACCCUAUGCUUGUCCCACAAGCACUUGACAUCCUCUGCUUUUCCACUACCGGCGAGAUGGUUCGUCUUUUGGCAGUGCAGAAAUAUUUGGCAAAACGGGUCAAGACAUGCGGCAAAAAGUAUGGCACUAUCUUCGACAGGCCCUCUCACGCGCACUCAUUUGCUGCGGAAUUUGUCCGGUCAACUAAGCCAGGAAGCAGCAUGCUCGAUAUUGGCGCCAAAAUUGAUGCCGCUUCGACCUUAUCUAAGACGACGAAAGUUAACCAGCUGAAUACUCUCAUGGCGCAGUACAACAGGCUGACCGAGGCGAUCCAGAAAGGUGUCUGUACCUGCACUCGUGAGCCUGAUGGCACCCUGAAUAUUCAUGGUUGCAAGAAGUGUUGGCAAAAGCGUUCCAGAAAGCGACUCAAAAUUGGGAUACAUGAGGACUUCCUUCCACUUCCCACACCCGUUAAUAAUAGAGUUCAACGUGAUGCGAUUCUAUUUGAACUUGCCAUACCGCAAUACCUUAUGGAUUACCGUACAACGACGUGGAAACUGAUUUUACUUGGGAGCCAGGCAUUAUCAAACAGUGAAAAUGCUCCCGUAAUCCAUUUAACUGAAAUAAAGCAGCUUGAGCCCUUCUGGGUGUCGAAGCCAUCCUCAGUAUUGAUGCUGGCAUCUCGCACCAAGUCUUUUACCCAGACGCACUAUAGUGAGAUGAAACUCCCCAAAAGGGAAGAAGAAAUCUUGCUGCCGUUUGGACCGAAUUUCUCAUUCUAUGACUCAGAGAACGGCAUCUGGUUUGAAGAUUUGCCUAGUGUGCCUUGGUAUCAUCACCUACUCGGAUCCUGGCUUCCAAGGAGUAUUUCAAAUCCGUUCGAGAAGCCACCUCAGUCCACGGAUAACAUAUGCAGCCCGAGUUCGUAUGAAAUUGCAGCCAACGAGGUGAAUUGUCCUCCUGGCAUGUCAACUCAUGAGUUUUCAGCUUACCAGAGAGUGCUCUCGGGCCAUCGGCAACGUUGGCUGGUGCUGCUGGUGGAGCUCGGAGCGACGAAUAUGAACUUUAGCAGUUGCACUACGAUGAGCCUAAUCAAUUACAUUUCACUUCAAGCUGGACCCUACUGUCAAAAGUCGGAUUUCUUGCGCGAAUCUCACUUCGUCUUCCAAGACUAUGCCUUUUGCCAGAGAAUGGACGAGCAGUUACAUAAGAGACUUGAGGUUUUGGCAGCGAACUGGCGCGAGACCGCCUGCAUGAGCGUUGUUAUUACUCUUGGUCUCAGAUUGUACACCUUAUGCCCUCGAGACUUCAAACCAAAGGUUUUCAAGUUGAUACAAAGGAUAAGAGCAAUAAUCUCUACUUGGCUCACACUUCUUCGAGACGAAGUGAGAUCGACAGAGGACGGAGGCGUCGUGUACAAAGCAGCCGAAUAUGCCUUUUGGGCUGCCCUUCUCUGCCGACAGACCUUUGCGAUUUAUCUACAUGAUCAGGGUUUUGUAAAACUGGAUGAAGAGAACGCAUGUCAUUUUUUCCGUGCAUCUAUUGCGCUGUCAGAGAAUCUCCUUGUGAACCUCGACCAGCUAUCUCUAGAUCUUAAGUAUUUGUUAAAGCGGGAUCUGUUAAUGUCCUACUCUAUGCGAGACUUGAUCCAGACAUGGGCUACUAGUUAUAGUUCUGCUUUGACAGAUGCCAUUGACGAAACGUGGGUAGACGUUGGCAGCUCCAGAAAACGGAUCUUUUCCACGUGGAAGUCUCUCCCAUCGCCAGAUAACUCAUGGCUUGUCUCGCGGACCAGCGCAACAAAGACAAUAGCCCCGCAAACUGUUCAUUACCACCGGCUACAGGGCCAUUUACUGGUAGAUGGGAAGCCACUUGGAAGACUGCCUCUAGAGAUGCGAGAAAAUGCCUCUGUACAAGAGCUCUUUGGCCGACAGCACCUGCUCACACGACCUUCUGGGCUCGUGGGCAUGGAGUAUCAACUUGUGAAUGAUGUUCACGGCCACGAAAUCCAUUUUGGAUCCAGGGACGGAGCUGUUCUUAUCAGGGCGCUCUUCAAAGGCUCUCUUAUCGAGCACGUGUCGCGUGACAUCUUCAGAGAGCAAACAGGAGUGGCAGACCUGCCGUCUGGGUUGGUUGAUGAAUGCGUACACUGGCUCAAUCUGAACACUGGAGAACUUCAGAUGCGACAAAAGCCUCAGAUAUGGAAAGAGAAGUGGUCCAACUGGAUACUCGAUGUCCGCAGGAGACAGGCUAUUCGGAAAAAAGCUAGAUCUCGUCCCAUCCUAGGAGGAAAAGCUACCGGAAUGGGCAGCAUCUUAAUAGAUCCACAUUCCAAAGUCGGAUCUCAGAUCGCUGGCAUCUUUCAAGGUUUCGAGGACGUUGAUAAGCUAACGAUCUACCGGCCACUAGCAGGUAGCCGAUACUGGGUUGAAUUAAAGCGCCUGGAAGUCAGCUUCUUUGUCAAUAUUCGUGGGCUGCUUCAGUCCUACCAGCUACACUCUGAGAUAGAUCCGAUUCAAGAUGCCGGGACACUUCACGGCUUGACAAGUCAACUAGUCUUGCGUAAUGUCAGCAAUCACAGGAAACGGAGUGUCUUGGUUCCCAUUGGGGCAGUCUAUUGGGAGCAGCAAGACAUCCAUACCUCGGUCAAGGUGAAGAACGAGGGCACGUAUGCGCGCUUCCACAUUAAUCAAGUCCUAGGUAGGCUUGAUUGUGCCUCAGAGCCCUUGCUCCUUUAUCUUAAGGCAUUGCUGCACGCGAUGACAUCGUUUCCCAUCCCCGAUGGGCUCACAGGACGCACCGGAUCCGAAGAAGCGCGGCAUUGCUUGAUCGCGGCAUCCAGUCAACCUUGGACGCCACUACAGUCUCCCCCACAAAGGAUCUUAUCCAUGCUAGAGCGCCUUGGACCGAGGAGACAUUACUAUCCACCGGGCAGCAAGAUAUACCAGAAGGUGAUUUGGGAUCACAACCUGACCAUGAAUAUCCAGCAUGAGAUUUUAGGCACACUUGUAGCCAAUAUACGUCAGCAAUCUCAAAAGCUCGAGACUUUACAAAUUUCAACUGACACAGAAACCGAGCCUCCCAUCGAAGACGUCAGAGCGACAACCCAUCUUCAUAUGCGUGGCAUCAUCAGACGACAGCUCUAUGAGCGUGUUUCCAAUAACGAAGAAUCCAAGGUCUUAUCAUUAGCGGCUCAAGAUACUACGUAUAGGCCCCGAGACCGUGACUCCACGUCAAAGGGCAGCUGCAAAGUAUACCGAGCCAUCAAAGCCCUACAAGAUCGAAACGAUGGAGUUCCGAAACUUGUCAAAUUAGAACAUUUGUUGAGAAAGCGCGACGUGAUUGGAGGGUUUCAGCACUCUUCAAAUACGUUGGACGUCCAGAUGAUUCUGCAAAGUGAGAUAGUGCCCUUAUGGGGUUCUUUCGUACAGGCCUGUCGCUCGCAUGGCUUAUCAAAUAGCUAUAUCACCCAUUUCAUGAUGGCUCUACUUGCAUUUGGAGAGCAAUCUGAUAUAAAUCUUAUCAUGUGGCUCGUAACGCAAGCCAAGCGAAGUGAGCUUGGAUACUCGACUACGCCCCCUCAGCAGUCGCUGUUCAUAGAUUUUACUGUCUUCGAAAAGCCUCAGACACUUCAACUAAGGAAGCUCAUCAUAUCUAAACAGAUGCCAUAUCAAACAUUCCUCACUCGUAUCUGGAAAAAGCAAAGACAUCAUAAGGAGCCUCUUGAAGAGACUAUGUAUGAAUCUCAUGUUCUCAGUGAGGCGGAUCAGAUAGCAAAUCUGUUGAUUAACCAGUGGCCGGCUUUUCCGUCCUCUCCAGAGGAGUUCGAAGGACUGACAGAUCAGUUGACUCUGCGUUUUUUUGACAUUAACAAGGCAUGGAUGGGCUUGAAGCCAGAAAUGCAGAGACUUUUGGGCAACCAAGAGUUGUCCGCUUACUUGCUGCAGCUCGACGUCAAGGUAGAGCAAUUAUAUGAGAGUCAAGACGUGAUUACUAGCGAAGCGCAAAAUCGCAUAUGGAAGUCCACGCCUGGAGCUUUGGCACUUACCGAAGCAAAGGCCAUGAAGCAUCCCUAUCAAGUACCACGUCUAACGGCUGGAUUGAUGACAAAGUCCUAUGUUUCCAAUCCAUCGAUAGUAGCAAGAAUGGCAGAGAGGCAAAUUGGCAAAAAGAGAGAAAGGGCUGAGCAACUUCUUGCGCCCUCGGCGGCUAGAGCUCCUCCUCCAGAAAUCGCGAUGCUGAGAGGAAUCAUCCAACCGUUUCUACACAAAGGAUCAGCACGAGAUCAGUAUAUGAUGGAUCUUGAAGCCUCUCUCGAUGCACUUAUGAAAGAUCGCGUGAUACGACCGUCUCUGGAGAAGGCUGCGCGUGUAAAUGAUGUGUCUCAGGAGAUUGCUGCUGCGUGGGAUGAACUUGACCAACUCAUGGAGACAAUUAGGUUCAGCUUGUUUCAAGAUGAGGCUGACUUCGCAUGGCUUCACGCCGGUAACUUGUGGCCGUGCAUUUCUCGAGUGGCGCUCCUUGAGCAGCUGCGAAGCCAUACGCCAAUGAGCCUAGGAAAGGGCAUGAAGGAGGCUUUAGUAUCUUGCGGAAUCGCAAUUACACAUCUACAACGGCUUCUUCGAAUAGAGGACGCGCGCUUCUGUGGUGAUAAUCGCCGGCACGAUGAAGAGCAUAUUUAUGAGGGUCACACGAACUGGGCACCGAUCGACAACGCGGAAUGGCUCCUCUUGGAGAUUGACAAUGAUAUGUUGAUCAGGGAAUCACAAAUAGACGUGGCUAGGGCUAUUAUAUCUCCCUCGUCGGGAGUUAACUCGGUGCUUCAAAUGAACAUGGGGCAAGGCAAGACGUCUUGUAUCGUGCCCAUGGCAGUUUCAGUAUUGGCAGAUAGGAGAAACCUGUGUAGGCUCAUUGUUCCCAAGGCAUUGUUAUUUCAGACCGCACAGAUCAUCCAGAGUCGUCUCGGUGGACUGGUUGGACGUAUUGUUCGUCAUAUUCCGUUUACACGGCGGUCUCCAGUCAAUACGGAAACACUUGAACGAUACCAGGCACUGCACAGAAGCACAUUAGAGUCGGGAGGUGUAAUGCUUUGUCUUCCAGAACACAUUUUAUCCUUCAAGUUGAGUGGCCUGCAACGCUUGGCGGAUAAUCAACCCCAGACUGCCCAGCAAAUGGUGGAGAUCCAGCAGUGGCUGGAUAAAUCGUGCCGCGAUAUUCUUGAUGAGUCAGACUUUACGCUUUCCGCAAAGACACAGCUGAUAUACCCCAGUGGUCCCCAGACGGCGGUCGAUGGACACCCUCACCGUUGGCUUGUAGUUGAAGAGCUUCUCUCACUUGUCGAAGGCCACACUGAACGCUUGGAAAAGGAAUUUCCGGACGGGGUCGAGGUGGUUCGGAGGCAUGGGGGAUAUCCCAUCAUUUACUUCCUUCGGCCGGAACCAGAGGAUUUCCUUAAUGAACUAUUGGUCAAUGAUGUUUGUGAGGGUAGACUCUCCAUGCUCCAGCUCAAGGAUGCAUAUGAUCGAUCCGCUCGAGGGGACGUUGAGGCCAUCAUUCGUGGCGCCAACGUCACCGAAGACAUUUGGCAGAGAGCUAUUAUGUCUCUGACAGAAGAUUCGUUUAGGUUGGGCAGUCUCCACCUCCUCCGUGGACUCAUCUCUCAGCGUAUAAUUCUCCUAUGUCUGAAGAAGCGCUGGAAUGUCCAAUAUGGCCUCCAUCCCGAGCGAGCACCUAUUGCCGUGCCUUUCGAAGCUAAGGGUGUUCCCUCGCAGACGGCCGAGUACGGUCACCCAGACACUGCGAUUUUGCUUACAUGUCUAUCUUUCUACCAGACUGGCCUAACAAAGGCUCAGAUUUACAGAAGCUUAAAGCAGGUUGUCGAAGCAGAUGAUUCGGCGGCACAAUUUGACCGCUGGAUCAGCAGCUGCAACACGCUGCCACAAUCUCUUCAGCAUUGGAAUCUCAUCAACCCGGAUGACGAUGCGCAAGUAGCUCAGCUAUGGAAGCACCUGAGAGUAGAUCGUAACAUUCUCAACGACUAUAUGAAUUCUUUUGUCUUCCCGGUCCAUGCCAAGCAAUUCAGCAUCAAGCUUCAGGCAUCUGGCUGGGAUAUACCUUUAAUGUCCAACGAGGAUUCCCUUCGCAACGCUGAGCAUGCACAGAAUGUAACAACAGGCUUUAGUGGUACGAAUGAUAAUAAGAGAAUGCUCCCAGAGACGAUUAAACAAGACGAUUUACCUAGUCUUGUUCAGACCAACGCGGAGGUACUAUGCUACUUGAUGCAAGACCGAAACAUGCGAUGCAUUCAAGCAACUGAUUGGAACGGCCACCAUCUGACAGAGGAGGAGACCUUGAGGCUUCUGCAUCGGGAAAAGAUACGUAUCUUGAUUGAUGCUGGUGCUCACAUUCUUGAAAUGAACAAUUAUGACGUCGCUGGAGCUUGGCUGGACAUUGAUACGGAUGCUAAAGGCGCCGUGUAUUUUGGAAAAAACAAUGACAUUCUGGUCCGAGCAAAGUUUCAAAAGACUCCGAUGCCGCUUCUUGCGAGUCCUUUUGCAGAAAACUUGGAGUCUUGUGUUAUCUAUAUCGAUGAAGGACAUACUCGAGGUACGGAUUUGAAGCUUCCGGUUCACGCCAGAGGGGCGGUGACUUUGAGUCUUGGUCAAACAAAGGAUCAGACUGUUCAGGCGGCAAUGAGACUACGCCAGCUAGGAUCAACUCAAUCUGUCACCUUUGUAGCCCCCCCCGAGGUCUAUCGAAGCAUACUCGACCUUCGAACUGAGCAUACGAGAGGUGAACUAAUCUUCGAGUCAACCCAUAUCGUGACUUCAGUCGACGUGGUUCGUUGGUUGCUAGAGCAGAGCUGCAAAUUUAAUGAGCAGAUGAUGCCGCUCCAUAUUGCACAGGGUCUCAACUUUUGCCAUCGCACCAACGCGUUAUGGAAGCACCCCGAGUUCCUCACCGACAAAAGUGCCUUGAAGAAACUGCUCGGCGUCAUACAACUCCAGGAGCAUCAAACACUCGAACAGCUUUACAGCACGAGAUUUUCAGCUCCACAAACGGACAAGACCAACUUUGACUUUACACAGCUACAGAGGUUCUCUUCUGUGCUUGAUAACAAGAGACAUACCGCAUCAAGCGAGGCGUUAACUCCUGCUGCAGCCUUUAUGGAAGUUGAACAAGAACGAGAAGUUGAGUUUGAGGUCGAGCAGGUCAGAGAAAAGCAAAGUGAUAUGCAGUACACGCCACGCAAAUUUCCUGGCCUUGCUGGUUUCAUCAAGUCUUUCGUCGUUACUGGAAGAUUGGAAGCUGGAGGCCCAUACUUGCAAGCUUUUGAGUUUAUUGGUAUGACAAAAAUUGGGCGCAAGUUUAAAGUCAAGAAGACGGCCUCAAGGCUUUUUGUUUCGCGGGAGUUUGCCAACACGACUGUUAACAGUAAACUUCAAACGGAACCUGAUAUACUUCGCCCUGUGGAAUGGGUCCUUUGGAGUCCUUCAACUGAGACUGCUCUUGUCAUCAUAUCCGAAGAACUUGAAUCCAUCAUGCCGAUGCUAAGAGAUCAGAAGAAGCCUUGUGUCUGGUUACUCUGUUAUGCAGCACCAGUGACCAGGUCUAUGCAAAGUUUCAACAGCCUUGUUUACUAUACUAUCCCUUCCUGGACUAACGAUACCUUGUUCCCUGAAUUUCUCGCCGUUGAGAUUGGCAUAGUAGCCGGAAGGCUCUACUUUAAUUACUCGGAAUACAAGUAUUUGCUAUUUUGGCUGGGUAUUGUCUCUGAUGAAGGAAGAGAUGAAAUAAGCAAUGGCAGGACCUUCAUGACUUGCGGAUUUCCUUUCAAGAAAGCGCUCAAUUUCUUGCAGGAAUGGUUAACGUACAGGCGCCAGACGCUCGACAUUUUGCAUACACCGAUGGGAUUUGUGUGCCAACGAAGGAGUUUGUAUAACAGCCAUUCUUUCUUUGCUUCGAAUACCUCAAAUUUUCAAAACAUACACCAGAUUGCUCGCUUUCGAAACAGCAGUAUUGAUGGACAGGAGAGUGAUGAUAAUGAUAAUGAGUCGGUUGGCAUGGAUGAUGGGUUGGCUGUUUUUGAAGAGCAAAUAGAAAAUGAAGGAAAUAAUCUAGGAUCCCUAAAAUACAAGGGGUACUAAAUAUUAAGAUUUAUUUCUAAUGCAAUUAUAUAAGUUCAAAAGAC